AUGACGUCGGCGGUGGAUCGCUCCCCGAGCGACGAUCCGCCGGGCCGCUCGUUGCGCCGGCGCGUCUCCCCAGCUGAGGAGGUGGAUGCCGGACAGAGUCGGUACUCUCCAACACGUGACACAGAGGUGGAGAUCCACCUGGUUACUACGGCGACUCCCAUCCACGUCCCCAACCACCACCCUGCCACCUUCACGGGCUUCUCCCGCCAUCAGGACCCCGUCUCCAAAGACUCGCCAGCCCCCCCUUCUCCCCUGGGGGGCCACUCUUUCGCUGACCUCCUGCCCCGAAUGGACAUGCCCACCUUCUCUGACAUCACCAGCACCACAGCGGCCACACCCCCCAGAGUCUCCACGGCGAACCCCCUUCCUGAGCUGCGUGAUUCCGUGGCGCCAGAGGGCGUGGCCUCUACUAAGAGUGGGAGGGGCUCAGAUGCUCCCCCUCCAAUGGGCGCCUCCGCCCACACCACCUCCACCAGAGAGCAGCCCGCUGUCGGGGAGGCAAUCACCAUGGCAACCAGCCCUGCCAGCGACAGGACAUUGGUGAGGGAGGGCGGGACGGAGACACAGGAGCCAAUGGGCGCUGAGUGGAACGCGGGCCCAGCCAGUGAGGUCACGGCUGUGACAUCAUCAUCAUCAUCCCCCGGAGAGGAUGAGAAGAGCACGACAACUUCCAUAAUCACCACCACCGCUAUCACCACCGCACAGGGCCCAGUUCCCUGCAGUGCCAACCUCACAGCCCCUGAAGGGUACAUCGAGGUUCCUCCUGCGUCCGGCGCCUGGUACCAGCCCGGCCUGGACUGCACCUUCACCGUGAGCGUCUACAUGGGCUAUGGGGUGGAGAUCCAGGUGCUGAACGUGAGCCUGCUGGAGGGGGAGAAGGUGGCCCUGGAGGACCUGGGCGGCCGGGAGCCCGCCGUCGUGGCCAACGAGUCCAUCCUGAUGAGGGGGCUGGUGGUGCGGAGCCGCAGCAACCGGAUCGCCGUCCGCUUCCGGAGCGAGAAGCUUCCGCCCGGCUCCUUCCUGCUGCGCUACCAGGCGUUCGUGCUCAGCUGUGUGUUCCCGCAGAGGCCGGCCUACGGGGACGUGUCUGUCAGCAGCCUGCACUCGGGGGGCGAGGCCUAUUUCUACUGCCUCACCGGGUACCAGCUGCAGGGCCCGCCCACACUCACCUGCCGCAACGCCACCACCCCCUACUGGAGCGGCAAGGAACCGCAGUGCCAGGCCUCGUGUGGGGGAGUGGUCAGGAACGCCUCGGUGGGCCGCAUCGUGUCGCCCGGUUUCCCCGGCAACUACAGCAACAACCUGACCUGCCACUGGGUGCUGGAGGCCCCCGAGGGCCACAGGCUGCACGUGCACUUCGAGAAGGUGGCCCUGGCCGAGGACGACGACAGGCUGUUGAUAAAGAACGGGAACAACAUCGACUCCCCACCUCUGUAUGACUCAUACGAGGUGGAGUACCUGCCCAACGAGGGCGUGGUCAGCUCCGCCCGCCACCUGUUCCUGGAGCUGACCACGGACGGCUCGGGCACCUCCACCGGCGCUGCCGUCAGAUACGAAGCGUUCGGGCCGGGCCACUGCUACGAGCCCUUCGUGAAGUACGGCAACUUCAGCAGCAGCGACGCGGCGCUGGCGGUGGGCGCCGUGGUGGAGUUCUCGUGCGACGCGGGCUACACGCUGGAGCAGGGCUCCGUCACCAUGGAGUGCGUGGACCCCGCCAGCCCGCAGUGGAACGAGACCGAGCCGGCCUGCAGAGGUGAGCGCCGGGGCCGGGGUCAGGGCCGGUCAGUGGAAUUUACAGACUCGUGGCUGGUCCUCUCUCCAAACUGGCCCGAGGCCUACGACAGGGGCCAGGACUGCAUCUGGGGCGUGCACGUGGAGGAGGACAAGAGGAUCAUGCUGGACAUCCAAGCUCUCCACGUGGGGAAGAACGACCUGCUGACCUUCUAUGACGGUGACGACCUGACAGCAAAGAUCCUGGGCCAGUACGCGGGCUCCAGGCCGCGCUUCAAGCUGUACAGCUCCACCGCCGACGUCACCGUGCAGUUCCAGUCGGACCCCGCCACCAACAUCUACGGCUACCACAACGGCUUCGUCGUACACUUCUUCGAGGUUCCUCGGAACGACACGUGCCCGGAGCUUCCGGAAAUCUCCAACGGCUGGAAGACGACGUCCCACCCGGAGCUCGUCCACGGCGCGGUGGUCACGUACCAGUGCUACCCCGGGUUCGAGGUGGUGGGCACCGAGACCCUCAUGUGCCAGUGGGACCUCACCUGGAGCGGAGACCUGCCCAGCUGUGAGCGAGUGCUGUCGUGCCCGGACCCUGGCAUCGUGGAGCACAGUCGCAGGGUGAUGUCUGGUCCUCGGCUAACGGUGGGCUCCACGGUGCAGUUCAUCUGCAACAAGGGCUACGCGCUGUCCGGGAACAGCCUGCUCACCUGCUACAACCGGGACUCCUCGGGCCCCAAGUGGACAGAGAGACCGCCUAAAUGCCUGCCCGAGGCCUUCGAGCCCUGCCGGAAUCCCGGAGCCUCUCCCUUCAGCCUGCAGAGUGUGGAGAAGCGCUUCUACCAGGCGGGGGAGACGCUGCGCUUCUCCUGCCUCAGCGGCUACCGGCUGCAGGGCGAGCACAGCAUCCGCUGCCUGCCCGGACACCCCUCGCACUGGAGCACCUCGCCCCCUACCUGCAGAGCCUCCCCUGCUGUGGACUAUGUGAAUGAGCGGCGGUUGGACGUUGUCAGUACAGACUUCAGCAUGGAGGGGACCAGCAUAGCGAUGGCAGUCUUCAUCCCUGUCACCCUCAUCCUCCUCAUCAUUGUAGGGAUUUACCUCUGCUUCUCCAGGGUCCAGGGGAAGUCCCUGCACCUGCCAAUGUCGGCCUCCACGCCGUACGGCCACAUCACGGUGGAGUCGGCCUUCGACAACCCCACCUACGAGACAGCAGUGAGCAGCCCCCGCCACGAGCCCCCGCCCUCACCAGCACCACCAUUCCCCACCCUCAGACACCACCUUCCCUCAGGGCCCAACCCACUCCUCAUCAGCACUAUCACACCACCAUUCCCCACCCUCAGACACCACCUUCCCUCAGGGCCCAACAAACUCCUCACCAGCACCACCACACCACCAUUCCCCACCCUCAGACACCACCUUCCCUCAGGGCCCAACCCACUCCUCACCAGCACCACCGCACCACCAUUCCCCACCCUCAGACACCACCUUCCCUCAGGGCCCAACCCACUCCUCAUCAGCACCACCGCACCACCAUUCCCCACCCUCAGACACCACCUUCCCUCAUGGCCCAACCCACUCCUCAUCAGAACUAUCACACCACCAUUCCCCACCCUCAGACACCACCUUCCCUCAGGGCCCAACCCACUCCUCAUCAGCACUAUCACACCACCAUUCCCCACCCUCAGACACCACCUCCUCUCAGGGCCCAACCCACUUCAACUACUCACUCAACAAGAGUCAACUACAACACCACCUUCCUCUCAUGGCCAAACCCACUCAACCCGUCACUCAACAAGAGUCAAAUACAACACCACCUACCCUAAUAGUCCAAUCCACUCAACCCCUCACCCAACAAGAGUCAACUAGUACACCACCUUCCCUCAUUGUCCGAUCCAGUCAGCCACUCACUCAACAAGAGUCAACUACUGCCACUUUCAGUCUGCUUUCAAGACAUAAAUACGCAAUAGUACAGGCCAUUGAGCGUGUUGAGGCCGAACCCCGUAAAGUAAAGACUUUAGCCUCCAGACAAACGGAUUCAUAUGUUUGUCAGAGCAGGUAAUGGAUCUGAGGCUAGCAGGCAUGCAUUGUUAACACUGGCUUUGUCUGUGUGUCAGAUCCGUGGACACGACUCCUGAUGGCUGCUGGAGCUAGGUGGAGCAUGUUUGCUCACGCAGGAAGCGGUGACAUUAAACAGAAAUGCGUCAAUCUGUCCACAAAGCCAGGAGAGCACAAUGAUAUCGGCUCUCGUCCAGUAUUAACAGACGUUGUUUUCAUGUCCACUGUUCCCGUGCCAUAGACCGGCAGUCCAAGCCCGAGCGCCAUUGUGGGCGAUAAAUGGGGUGGCGAUAGAAUGAUGGUGGAAAAAAAAAACAC